AUGAAUAAUACAUCUAUUCAAGAACCACAAGCUAAACAAGCUUAUCAUAAAAGUUGGAUAGAGCAACCUCUUAUAAAGACUAUACAUUUUUAUUACAUAAAUCAUUCGAAAAUACAGCUAUAUGAGAAUCAUUUGAAGAAGUUAGAGGAUAAAAAAGCUGUAAAUAUAACAAAAUCUGAAGAAUUUGAUAUAAAAUACAAAUUUGAAAUACAAAAGAUAUUAAACAAUAGAGACGAUGCUAUUUCAAAAGAGCCAAUAGGUUUAGAUUAUCAAGAGCCAUGGAUGAAAAAAAUGAAGCAUGUGAUUCCUAAGAGUUUUAACAAGAUAGGAAAGUUGUUUAAAAAAAGAAAUACUGAAAGGGAAGAUGAGUUACUUGCUGAAAUAAAUUCUUAUAUACAAACAGAAACAGUAUGUAGAAAGAUGAUUGACAAUGAAAUAAAAAACACGAUAGAAAAGAUAAAAGAGAUAAAAUCGUUAAUAAGCAGUGCAAAUGUACAUGUUAAUGGAAAUUAUAUUGAAAUUGAAGAAAAAAUAAAAAAACAGGAAUUGCUCACCAGAGAAAAAUGCUCAUUACAGCAAGAAAAAAACGAUUUAGAAUCUAUGAAAUAUAAUAUAUAUUUGUUUUUGAUGCAAUUGGUAAGAAGAAUAAGAGAAACAAAUCUGCUUUCUAUUAUAAAUGAAAUGAAGUUUUCCAAGGCAGAAUUUUAUAAGCAUAUUAUGAUUAUUCAUAAUUGGCGCCAUUUUGAUGAUAUUCAUAGUUUCUUAAGUAUAUGUUCUAUUGAUCCGCAGUUAUCCGCGUCAAUAAUUAAACAAACAAUAGAAUUAAUGGAUAAAAGAGACACUGAUUUGGUUUUUGAUGCAGUACAUUUUAUGGAUCGCCAGAUAUCUAAAGCCUCUACGUCUAUAGUUAAAAAUGAGAGCGUUGAAGAGCAUUGUAACGGGUACCCUGUGAAAGAGCCUAUUGAAAGGCUUGAGAGUGAAUCUAGCAUUCUUAAGAGAAUAAAACCUUUCGAAUGGACCUAUCUUUUACUGAUAAUAGCAUCUUUAUUUUAUCAUGAAGAAAUUCACAGCAUUUAUCGUAAUGUUAAAGAGACUGAUAUUAUAUAG